AAACCAAGGAAGUUGUAAAGGUAAUAAUAUCAACCUACAAUUGCACAACAUUGUCCGCUUGACUUCUUUUAUUACCUUCAAAGAAAAAGUGAAAACGUGUUUCUUAUACCUAACUGGUUGGUAGUAAUACAAGCUUGAAAAAAAUGGAUAUUUUUUAUUUAAUUGGCAAUCCGGGAAUAUAAUUUUUUUAAAUAAUACUUAAGCUGGAGGCUACUGUUGUUUUAGUAAUGGCUGGACCUCCUAAUGCUCAAGAAGACAAUUACAAACGAAUAGUUAAAAGUUAUGUUGGAGAAAAGUUAAGGAAAAAAGGAUUAAAAAUUCGUGGAUAUGAAGGAGAGGAAUUAAAACCACCUGUCAUUGAAAUAGCAAAAACACUACAAAGAGUUGGAGAUGAACUUGAAUCAGCCAAUACUGAUUUUUUUAAAAAUAUGUGUGACCAGUUACAAAUAACACCAAGUACUGCAUACCCCACAUUUCAGUCUAUUGCAGAUGAGAUAUUUGUUUCAGGUAAAAAUUGGGGUAGAGUAGUAGCAUUUUUAACAUUUGGAGGUAAUUUUGCUGUACAUUGUGCUCUAAGAGCAGAUAUGGGAGAAGAAUAUGUAGAUAGAGUUGUUAAUUGGAUUUCUAAAUACAUGGCCGUUAAUCUUGAUUACUGGAUUAAUCAACAAGGUGGAUGGAUUGAUCAUAGAAAGAACGUCGACUAAAAAUGUUGAACAAGUUUAUGAGUAGUAGACGAAUAUUUUACCAUAGUCAAGUUCUUUAAAAAAAAAUUGUUGAUAGUUUUUUUUUUGCUUUGCUUGAGCACUGUUAAAAACUGUAAAGUAGUAUGAAAUUGUAGUUAUGAAUAAAUGAAACUUGUAAAAACUAUUUGAAAGAAACAAUAAAAACAGAU